AUGGCUAAUCCGAAACUUCGGCUUCUCAAUACUCUACGCUCAGGCGGUCGCGCACUUGCGUCCUUCACUACUCUCAAAGGCGCCAGAACGGCCCAAGCGCUUGCGCACACGGGAUUAGAUGUCAGUAAUGUCGACGACGCCGACAUGCACGAUAAAGUCCUCGCCAUUGCGAGCGCGGAUGCCUCUCCAAUUAUUCGGGUUGCGGGCUCGACUAUGCCGAUCAUCAAGCGGGCGCUGGAUACCGGAGCGCACGGAAUCCUCGUUCCCAUGAUUAACUCAGCCGAGGAUGCGCGCAGCGUAGUAUCCCUUGCCAAAUUCCCACCGCGAGGCUUGAGAGGGCAGGGCGGGCCGUUUGCUUGCUUCGCGCACGGCAUUGCCACCCCGGCGGAAUACGUGAAUCAAGCGAAUGAGAACCUCUUGACCAUGGUGCAGAUUGAGACCGCCGCUGGCGUGCAGAACAUUGAUGAAAUUUGUCGAGUGGACGGCAUAGAUCUCGUCCUCAUCGGCCCGAACGACCUUGCUCUUGCCCUGUUGGGCUACAUGCCGGCGAAAUGGACGGAGCCUGCAUAUCUCAAUGCCAUUGAUGCCGUCGUUGCAUCCGCGAAAUUGCACGGCAAGAAAUGCGGCAUCGUUGUGGUAGACGGCGAGGGUGCGAAACAGGCAUUGGAGAGAUUCGACCUCGUCGUGCUGAGUGCAGAUGUAAGGGCACUGCAGGCCUGGUACAAGCGUGAAUUGAACAUCGCUAGAGGUUGA